AUGUCAUAUUCAAAAUUAACUCGGUUCUCAGAGAUUGGAAAGAAGAUUAUUGCUGUGGGAAGAAAUUAUAGUGAACAUGCAGCAGAAUUAGGAAAUGCAGUGCCUUCUAAACCAAUUAUAUUCUUAAAACCAACUUCCUCUUAUAUUCCAAAAAUUUGUCAAAAUGUAAAUUAUGAAGUGGAACUGGGAGUUAUUAUUGGUCAAAAAGGAUUUGAUAUUCCAGAAAAUAAGGCUAUGGAUUUUGUAGGAGGAUACACAUGUGCCUUAGAUUUAACCGAUUUUGGUACCUUAGGGACGUCGAGAGAAGCUAGAGGACCUUGGUCGUUGGCGAAAGGAUUUGAUUCGUCGUGUCCAGUGGGAGAUUUUAUUCCCAAAAAUCGUAUCCCAGAGCCCGAUAACCUGAAAAUAUGGCUUAAGGUUAAUAACACACUAAAACAAGAUGACAACACUGGAAAUCUUAUCUUCACCUUACCCCAGCUUAUAAGCUACAUCAGUAAAUAUAUGACUCUAGAGCCAGGAGAUCUCAUAGUAACGGGAACACCUGAUGGAUAUGGACCCGUGUCACAUGGUGAUAAAAUCAAAGCUGGCCUAGGCGAUGUAACUGAAAUCAGUUUUGAAAUUGAACGACUUUGA